AUGGCUGCCUUUUCCUACACAACCAUAUUUUUCCUGGUUUCCUCCACUUUGGCAUAUACUGUUUUCUCAGAAAUCUUCAAGCCACGCGAUAUAAAUAAAUGGCCUAAGCCCCCAUGUAAAAUGUACUACUCAGUGGAUCCUUCUUAUACAUCACAGUGUCCAGAUGUGACAUCGUAUGUUUGUGCUACAAAUGGCCACACUUACCAGAACGAGUGUUUUUUUUGUGUUGAUCAGUGGGAAUUUGGUCCUCAUAUUAAAUUUUAUAAAUAUGGAAAAUGUGACUAA